AUGGCCAUUGCGAUUGCUCCACCGGAUCCCAAGCUUGGGAAAGACAAGCCCUGCCGAAUGCACCUGUCCUCUCCAUACCCGCUGGACUGUGGUGGCCUUUGGCAUCCCAGUGGCGCUUUUAAAGAGUUUCUCUUCCCUCUGCACAGGGAGGCCCUCGGAGAAGAUCCAGAUGCGAAUAAGGCUGAGGCAGAAGAGCUCAGCCGGAGCCACAAACAGAUAGAAGAAAGCAGGCAGAGGCUGGCCAAGCUGCUCCACGAUGGCACACAGCUUGUGACCAAUAUCCAGGUGGCUGCCGAUGCCAGGGAGACCCACAGGAGGGCUGAGGAGGAUGAACUGAAGCGACAGAGGCUCGAGAAACUGGAGAAUGAAUCCAAGACUAACCAGGACAAGUUUGAAGAGAUCACCUCGAAAUGGGGCUCGGCCCGGGAGAAGACCAUCCCGCAGGACCUGUGGGAAGUGCUCAACCAGCAGCAGCAGCAGUGCGCGCUGCUCAUCGAGGAGAAGAACAAGCUCAUCAGCGAACUGCAGCAGGAGCUGAAAAGCAAAGAUGACCAGUACGUGAAGGAUCUUAAGAAGCAGGCGGACGACAUCAGCCUGCUGCUGGACAGAAUGGAGGAGCAGAUCAAAAACCUAAUGAAAACCUACCGCCGGGAACUCACGCAGAUCGAGAAAGCCUUCGAGCUGGAGCGGCGCGAGCUGCUGAGCAGCAAUAAGAAGAAGUGGGAGCAAGCCAUGCAGGCCCACAACGCGCAGGAGCUGGAGAACCUGGUGACGCGCAUGAAGAAGGUGGAGGAGUACGAGAAGCAGCUGGAUCAGCUGCGGGUGCAGGAUUCCGAGGAGUACACCGCCAUCAAAAUCCAGCUGGAGACCGACGUGCAGAUCCUGGAGCAGCAGCUGCAGCAGAUGAAAGCCAUUUACCAGCUGAACCAGGAGAAACUGGAAUACAACUUCCAGGUGCUCAAGAAACGGGACGAGGAAAACACCAUCAUCAAAUCCCAGCAGAAACGGAAGCUCAACCGGCUGCACGACGUGCUGGCCAAGCAGAUAAAGCAGUUCCAGGAGGACAACCAGACCCUGACGGCCGACUACAAGCGCAUAGUGGAGCAGUACAAGGAUCUGCAGAGGACAAUGAGACACUUUGCCGUCAUCGAUGCCCAGAAGUUCCUGGAGAUCUGGCUGAUGAACGAGCAGGAAGCCAAAGGGCUGAUGUGGAAGGCGCUGGAUGCCGACCGCGUCAUUCACACCCAGCAGCUGGGGCUCCCCUGGGUGGAGCCGGACUACUGGUUCCUGGACAAUGUGGGCCCCGUCGUGUACCGCAAGACCAUGAAAUCUGCCAGCAAGCUGGCCCAGGAGGUGAUGGCACUAACAGGUGGGGCACGAUCCCUUCCCUCAGGGUCUCCACCCUUCCAGGUUGUUGCUGUCACCUCCCUCCACCUCCUCCGCCUGGGGCCAAGAGGGGGGCAGCAGCUUUCCUUGCUAGGUGGGGGUAAAACCCUGAGGUGUGGUGGGAAGCAGAGGGACCUGUCCUCGUUAUCCCCUGCGGCCCAGUCCAGUUCGGAGAGCCCCGGCCAGGCCUGGCUGCUCCAUUCCUCUUGCCCCUACCCCCACGGGCUCCCCAUUGACUUGGCUUUGAGACCACAGAGGCUGGCAGAGUAUUGCAGAGGACAGGCAGGGCCAACAGGGUGUGGAGGGUGGGCAGAGCUAAUGAUCCUGGGCAGGCGGGGAGGAGAGC